AUGGGCGUCAUCGGAGCAACGGCCACAGCCGCCGUGGCCGGCCUGCACGGCUACAUCCUCGUGCUGCAAAUGUUCCUCUGGGACAAGAAGCCCGGCAUGCGCGCGUUCCGGCUGACGCCCCAGUACGCCGCGCAGACUAAGGUCCUCGCCUCCAACCAGGGCCUCUACAACGGCUUCCUCGCCGCCGGUCUGGCCUGGGGGCUGGCCCACCCGGUGUCCGAGUUCGCGACGCAAAUCCGGCUGUUCUUCCUCGGCUGCGUCGGCGUCGCGGGUGUCUACGGCGCUCUGACGGCCAACAAGAAGAUCCUGUUCAUCCAGGGCGUCCCUGCUGCUGUGGCUGCUGGGGUGGGCGAGGAGGUCUUUCGCGGGUGUGCGGUCUUCGGGCUUGUAUUUGAUGACGGAUCUGAUGAGGCUGACGGCGGGUUCGAGUUCUUCGCCAGGCAGGGUCCAGUAUUCGUGCUGUUUAGUGUCCGCCUUGCUAUCCUGGCCGGAUUCCGUCUCGUCACGACCCUCGCUGGCUGGGAGAGCCCGCACGAGGGUAGGUUUAGCAAGAAAUAA